GUAGAGGACAAGAGGAAAACGUCUGCGACUAAUGUUGUUGAUACAAAUACAUCCUCUCCUGUAGUAGAGGACAAGCUUACGCCAGCAGUCGCUGCAGUGUUUCAGGGAAAGUAUCAUGCGACAAGAGCUGAGACGAGAGCAGCGAUGUUUUGCGAUAUCGAUCUGGUACCACCAGAAUCGGAAAGUGCGGCUGCUGAAGCGGGGGCUGCAGGAGCGGGGGAGGCAGCUGAAAAAGAUGGGGAAGUUAAGACUAUCAACAGUCGUUCAUGGUACUUAUCGUAUCCGUUUCUACGUCGACGACGUCUUGUUAAGGAGGCCUGCUAAGAAUUGCUCAAUCAACCUCUUGCCAUAUCUAACAACCACCCUCCCACCGACUCUCCACCCGCAAGCUCCGAAGAUCGCAAACUUCCCAAGAGCUACGUCGCUGCGCCAACGAAAGAGGACAUAGAAUUCGUGCUAGUGGAUGGAGCGCCAUUGUCUGGGCAUAAAGCGGUAACGAAAGCCCUACAAGACUUGGCAGAAGACUACCUCUUCUUUCUAGAACCGGACAAGGAAGUGCAAGCCGUUUUGCAGGCAUGGCUAGACUAUGUACCCCCAGGACCUGGAAGUGGGGCUGAAAAUUCUAGUGCGGCUGAUUAUGAUGAGGAUUAGAAGAAAUAGGAGUAAAGUUCUGAGAUGACAGUAAAAUAGUAGCAGUACUAGAAUCUGAACCUCUACUUGUACUUCCUUCUCAUCUGAACCUCUACUGGGACUUUCUUCUCUGUCCCUUGUUCCACCUCGUCCACCUGCCUCUCGCUUUUCAUUCUCUGGGCUCUGCUGACCUCAACCGCGACAACAUUACUCCAGAAGAGCUGAAAGUUCUUUUCGACGGUCACGAUGCAAAUCGCGCUGUUUUCGACUCCAUGGUCAUGGAACUCACUGAAGCAGCGGCACAGCCACCACCCAAAAAUAUGAAACGAAAAUCUGUUAAAUCAUUGUCAAGUUUCUUAAGUAGAAAAGUACGUUAAUGAUAACAGAUUUUGGCUUCAUAAAAAAGGGCGAGUCUGUUCCUGGCGAAGGCGUCGCACAGAAAUAUCUCAAUCAUCUUGAGAUAUCGCAAAGCAUGUUCGAG